UGUUAAAAGUCCCACUGGGCCGGAGUUUGAAUGGUCAGUGUGCAGAGGGAGGCUCAGCAUACAGAUCAGCUGUUUGGAGCAGAAGUCACCUCUCUUUGCACUCAUGGCCACUUUUGACGACAUCCUGGAGGAAGCCGGGAAGUUUGGCCGCUUCCAGAAGCGGAUCUUUGCCCUGCUGUGUAUGGUGUCCAUGCCAUGGGCCGGGGUGUACGUGGGCAUCGUCUUUCAGGGCUUCACCCCGGAUCACUGGUGCCGGGACUCUGCAGCGGUGGAGAGGAGGGAGGCCUGCGGAUGGAGCCGGGAGGAAAGUCGCAGGCUGACGGCGCCGCUGGUCAACAUCUCGAGAAUUCUGCAGCACAGCAGCUGUGAGCGGUAUGAGGUGGACUGGAAUGUGACAGAACUCCGCUGCGAUCCACAGGAACUGGACCAGAGCAGAACUCCCACUGUCAGGUGCACUGAGGGCUGGGAGUACGACUAUGAGGGGAGGCGGUCCUUUGUCACAGAGUUUGACCUGGUGUGCUCAGACGGAUGGUUGGUGGACAUGUAUCAGGCUACUUUGAACAUGGGCUUCCUGAUUGGGAGCAUUGCCAUCGGCUACCUGGCUGACAGGUUUGGAAGGAAAGUGAGCUUCCUCAUGUCCAACGUGUUGAAUGGUAUCGCUGGCAUCCUGGUCGCCGUGGCUCCCGACUACAUUUCUUUGCUGGUUUUCAGGACUCUGUUUGGGUUUGGAGUGAAAGGAGGAUGGGUGGCGGGAUACGUCCUGAUCACAGAGAUCGUUGGGGUGGAGUUCAGACGAACGGUGGGAGUUAUUUACCAGAUGUUCUUCAGCAUUGGCAUCCUCAUCCUCCCUCUGCUCGCCUACUUCAUCACGGACUGGCGCUGGCUGCAGGUUGUCAUCACCAUACCUUACAUCCUUUUCCUGUCCUACUACUGGUUCAUCCCUGAAUCUCCACGAUGGCUGCUGUCUCAGAACAGGAAGUCCAAAGCUAUAGAGAUCACCAAGGACAUGGCAAAGGAAAACAAGAUGACUCUGACCAAGAUGAUCGAGACUCUGUCGGACGAUAACGCAGAUUCCUCCACCGCCUCCUUCAUGGACCUGAUCAGAACUCCUAAAAUGAGAAAACACACUUUCAUCCUCAGCUAUAACUGGUUCACCAGUGCAGUUGUCUACCAGGGUUUGAUCAUGCGACUGGGAAUUCUGGGAGGAAACGUCUACAUCGACUUCCUCAUCUCCGGUUUGGUGGAGUUCCCUGCUGCCUUCCUCAUCCUGUUCACCAUCGAGCGUAUCGGCAGACGACUCCCGUUCGCCGCCGCCAACAUCGUGGCCGGAGCCUCCUGCUUCAUCACAGCGUUCAUUCCUGACAGUAUGUUCUGGUUUAAGACUGUGGUGGCCUGCGUUGGUCGGCUGGGGAUCACCAUGACCUUUGAGAUGGUGGUUUUUGUAAACACUGAGCUCUACCCAACAUUUGUUCGGAACUUUGGCGUGUCAGUUUGUUCCACGCUGUGUGAUGUUGGAGGCAUUGUAGCUCCUUUCCUGCUCUAUAGACUGGCCGUCAUCUGGCUUGAGCUGCCACUCAUCAUUUUUGGAUGUUUGGCCUUCCUGGCAGGUGGUUUAGUUCUCCUGCUUCCAGAAACCAGGGGUGUGCCGCUGCCCGAGACCAUCGACAAUAUCGAGUUCCCUGAGAGAGUGAAGGAAAAGAUCACACUGGAGAGCCAGCAGCUGGCCAACCUGCUGUCCAACAGCGGCGUAUCGUCCUGCUAAGACCCAGCAGCUGUGUGAUUUUUCUUUUUUUCUUUUGCUGAACUGUUUCUUUUGGAUGUAGUCUAGUCUACAGUCUUGGUUUUCUAUGCAAACAUAUUCACAGAAAUUAGAGAUAAGAUUAAUCUGCUGUUCUGUUUUCUGCAGUUGGGAUACAUCAUUAAAUUAUUAAAGAGUUUUAUUUCAAAUAAA